GCGAAGAGGAAGGCGCGUGAGAUGAUGCAGAACGAGAAUAAAAACGAAGAGGCGCAGUUGCUACGUUUGUUGCGAAACGCAGAGGAAAGUGCGAAAGAACUAGAGAAACUGGACGAGAAAUUGGCGAAUGUUGUGGAUGAGUCCGGUAAAUUAGGAAAUCUGGAGAAAAAUUUAGCGGAAAAUCAGACAGCGGUUGAGAGUAUCGAUGCUCAAGUCCGUGAGCUGAACACACAGAUGGAGCUUUUCAAUUCAAAGCAGCAACGUAAACGACGAUUGGAGGAUCAGCUUCGGAAGCUCGAAUUGCUUGAGCGUGUUAAAUGUUUGGAAGAACGCUUGAAAGAAACGGAAUGGCAUGGCAGUGCAAUUUCGGAAUUGAAAACCGAGCUCACGGUUGUGAAGCAAAAUUUGGAAUCACCACAGUACGUAUCGUCAAAAGAGCAGUUGAAAAAGGAAGUGGUGAAGAAAUGUGUUACUACAAAAGCUACAAAGGAUUUGGCAACUUACAUACGUGUUAUGGAUGAAUCUGUUGUAAAAUUUCAUACGGAAAAAAUGGAGGAAGUCAAUGAAAUCCUAGGCGCAUUAUGGGAGCACGUAUAUCAUGGCAGUGAUAUUGAAACCAUACGAAUUAAGUAUGCCUUACACACUCUUUUGUUUUAG